GUUUUUUAUUUUCGGUCGGGAUAAGUAGGAGAAUUUACACCAGGGGUGUGGGUAUUCAAGGCAAGUGACCCCUCCACAAAUAAAAAAAAAGAAAAAAACCACCUUUCCAUCAAAUGCAAAGGUCUGCGUCCUUAUCUGUAAAAAUAGGAUUAGUAAUAAGCCUUGCCCUUGUGGAGUUUCUUUAGGAUUAGGAGAGAUCAUUUAAAGACUUAACCCAAUCCCAGACAUUCGGGAGGCCCAUAGAUGGAGGACAGAAAAUAAAAUGGGUAGCUGGUUGACCCUUGAGAGCAGUUAACAGAGCUUCUUUGCGCAUCAUGCCUUAUACAGCACUGGGAGGAGGAACAACCACUGUAUUGACAAACACUAGGUGCGGAUUAAAUCCGUGAAGAAGGAAUGGACGAUUCUGGCGGUUGCUUACUGAUCUGUGAAACUAACUGAAUGACCGAUCGGUCCGGGUCUUUGAGCAACUGACAGUCCAGAGUUGGCUGCCUGAUGAACGCGGGCCUGGAUCUGGCCAACGGCAGUCCGGGGCCCCAGUGACUCAGGCUGACCGUCGGGCCCCUAGCACGGCCAUCCUCGCUGUUAAUCUCGGUCCAGGCCGGCCCAGACUUCUGCCGCUAGCUGCGCAAGGUGGUGGUGGAGGCGUCGGGGGAUGUCCCAACUCUCCACGUGCAGUCCGCGGGUGCCGCCGCCAAGCAGGGCGUGCGCGGAGGCCGCGGCCCUUUCCUCCACGUCGGGGGCAGGUCGCCCCCGUCUCCCGGCUGCAGAGCCCCGGAACAAUGGCUCCGGGUUCUUUAAGGGAGAUACCACCGCGCCGGCGGGGCAGGGGACCGCGUCUUCCCAGAUGAUCGCACCCAGCCCCGCGCUGCCGCCGCCUCGGCAACUACACAGCGCGCAAAUAUGGCUCAGUGACUCUGACAAAAGGUGCAGCCUCCCUGCCAGAGGGGCGGACGCCAGGCCUCCCACCUCGGGCCGUGCUUCGCCGCGGGGCCCCGGAAGAGGCCCGCGUCCCGCAGGCAUCCCAGCCCGGCGCGUAAGAAGAUGCCCCAGGCCCUCCGCCCCAGCUACCCCGCACACCUUCCCACAGCUCGAAACCUUGACCUUGAAGAUGGUGAGUAGCCAGCCAAAGUACGAUCUAAUACGGGAGGUAGGCCGAGGUAGUUACGGUGUUGUAUAUGAAGCAGUCAUCAGAAAGACCUCUGCACGGGUGGCAGUGAAGAAAAUUCGAUGCCAUGCACCUGAAAACGUUGAACUAGCCCUGCGUGAGUUCUGGGCACUAAGCAGUAUCAAGAGCCAACAUCCAAAUGUGAUUCACUUGGAGGAAUGCAUCCUACAAAAAGAUGGGAUGGUGCAAAAGAUGUCCCACGGCUCUAAUUCUUCCCUUUAUUUACAGCUUGUAGAGACUUCACUAAAAGGAGAAAUUGCCUUUGAUCCCAGAAGCGCCUAUUACUUGUGGUUUGUGAUGGAUUUUUGUGAUGGAGGAGAUAUGAAUGAGUAUCUGUUGUCCAGGAAACCCAAUCGUAAAACAAACACCAGCUUCAUGCUUCAGCUGAGCAGUGCCCUGGCUUUCUUGCAUAAAAACCAGAUCAUCCAUCGAGAUCUGAAGCCUGAUAACAUCCUGAUUUCUCAAAGCAGGUUGGAUACCAGUGACUUGGAACCUACACUCAAAGUGGCUGAUUUUGGUCUAAGUAAAGUUUGUUCAGCAUCUGGGCAGAAUCCAGAAGAACCUGUCAGUGUAAACAAGUGUUUCCUUUCUACAGCUUGUGGAACAGAUUUCUACAUGGCUCCUGAAGUGUGGGAGGGACAUUAUACAGCAAAAGCUGACAUCUUUGCUCUGGGGAUUAUCAUCUGGGCAAUGUUGGAAAGGAUCACCUUCAUAGAUACAGAGACAAAGAAGGAACUCUUGGGGAGUUAUGUAAAACAAGGAACUGAGAUUGUGCCUGUUGGGGAGGCACUUCUGGAAAAUCCCAAAAUGGAACUUCUCAUUCCUGUGAAGAAAAAGUCUAUGAAUGGGCGAAUGAAACAACUGAUUAAGGAAAUGCUGGCUGCAAACCCUCAGGAUCGUCCAGAUGCUUUUGAACUAGAACUCAGAUUAGUACAAAUUGCAUUUAAAGAUAGCAGCUGGGAAACGUGACACAUAUAUUAUUUGCAAAUAUCUUGGAUGAUAUGCUGCUUCUGUUUUAACAGUGAUGCAACAUAAUGUGGCUGAAAAAAGAAUAUAAAAAGCUAAACUCCACCUUUUAAGGGUUUAGAUUUUAUUGUGGGAUUUUUUUUUUUUUUCCUCAUUUUUCUUAAGUCCAAGCUGGCCAUUCUAUUAAUAUGUUUUAAAAGUGUAUUACCAAUGUGGAUGUAAAUUUUUUUAAAUGAUCAUUGGUAGAAGUUUGGCAGGAAAAUUCUCUAUAAGAGCCAAGAAAAGAAGAGUCCAGUUUUCUGGAAAUAUGUCUCUAAGUAUUUUAGACAUUCCUUGUCAGUAUUAGGAAUUUCCAUGGGAAAAAAGGUUUGCAUGCUGGUAAUGCAACCUUUGAAGCUUUGUAAAGGAAACGUAUGUGUAUAUAUUUAUGUAUAUGUAAGUAUGUGAAUGUGUGCAUUUUGCAUUCCAUAUGAAAAAAAAAUGCCACUUCUGUUUAAGUUAUUUGAUGUAGGUUUGGAUUUUUGAGAUUUGCUGGUGAAAUCAGUAAUGAAAAAUAAAAGAACCUUCCCUCUUCCUACCCUGUCCCUCCCUGUAAUGAAAUCAUACUAAGUUUUUAUUUUUAAAAUGUUAUACAGCUUUUUUUAAGACAUCAUUUUGGAGAGUCCAAAAUUAUCUGGCUAAACGUAAGUGAAAGUAAGUGAUCCAAAGCUGCUGAAGUUUGUUUGAGCUCUCCAGUGCCCUAUAGCUGCAGGAGUUGGAUUAGCCAUGCAAUCAAUGUGGUACAGGUUUUAGGUAACCAAGCAUUCAAUUAACCAAUUAAACCACUGCAUUGGGACAUGACUGCACUUGAGCAUCUGCAAUCUAAUAUAAGUCUGAACACAGGAUUCUUCUGUUUCUGAAAACUUUGCUGUAUAUAAACUAUAGUAAUCGAUAUAUAUUAACUUUUUAUUUUCAAGACUUUGUCUAAGCCUCAGCAUAAAGCUGAAGAAACCAAAUGAGUUCUAUCCUUUCAUUGCCUGCUCCAAUAUGGUCUCAUGUUUGAUCACUGGAAUUCCUUUCAUUUUGGCACUAAUGCUGUUUCCUCUUGUCUAAUUUGACACAGUAAUGGUAGUGAUAUGGUUGUAUUCAAUGUUAACCACCUUUUUCUAAGGUGGGAGUUGAUACCUAUACAGUUUGGCAAAUGGGUAAAAUACUGUGGCAUCAGUUAUGUCUUUCAAAUAGAGAGGUUAUCAGUUUUAUACAAUCAUUUGGUAUGGUCUAUGGGAAGAACCAAUAGACCAUUAUUCUUGAGGUCAGUUUGAUUUUUAACCCCAUAUGGUUGUCUCCAGUUUUUUUUUUCCCGUAAAUGCAGAUAGUUCAAAUUUAAAGGAAGAAAGUUUUCCUAAAACAGAUCAUUAGCCUUUAAGGUUGUUAAUACUUUGAGACCAUUUGUAUAUAGGUUAAUCUUUAUAAAGCACUAGAAUAUUUAGUCAAAAGUAAAAAAAGUUUAAAGGUAUUAGAAUAUUGAAAUCAUUGAUAGUUCACAUAGUCUCCUCAGUUUUUUUGAACUUCCACAACUUUUGGAAUAUUCCUACCAUAAUCUUUUCCUUAUUUAAAAUGUGUUCAGGGGACUAUAAAGAGUGGAAAAGCACAAAAAGUGGAGUACAUAAAAUUUCUGAACUAUGCAUUACUUGGUGUGAAGUUCAAAAUUUAGGCUGAAAGGUUUUACUUAAAACCUCUUAAAUGAAGAAAAAGAUGUGCUUUUAACAUUACUUCCAAGCUAAUAAUUAUAAGAAUUAUUUUCAAAAUUGGAGGUGGAAAUACACUGGAACUUCAUGAUAAUUGACCCUCUGGAUCACCAAAUUAGUAGAACACAGAUCUGGCCAAGUAGAUUGAGUUGCUGAAAGUUAAAAAAGCAUUACAAUGUCUUAUCAAUAACAUGGCACUUCAGCAGAGAUUCAUGAUGACUUAGGUGAUGGUAUGCCAAUGCUUCAUUUGCUCUUCAAAUAGCUACAUGUCAUGGUUUCCUAAGUAGAUAGCUUUUGGCCCCACCUCAUUUAAAAUAGUUAACAAUAAUAAUUUAUUUUGAAAACUAUUUUAAUUUACCUGUGAAGUGGAAUUAUUCCUUUCAUUGGCGGUAAGGAUGUGAGGUGAUCAGGAAGUUUCUUCUGAAAUUUUCUUAAGUCCCUGUAUUCUAAAUAGCCUAUGAUACCAAGAAAAAUGAUAGUAAAUUCUUUGUCUUCAUUCUUUAAGUCAGGAGGUAUUUAUUAAGUACCUACUGUGUGCUCAGCACUAAAGAUCAGUUGAUAAAAUGACAAUUUUAAAAUGGCAUGUAGCCAUGGGCUUUUCCAGCAAGGAGUAAGAAACAAAGUGUUACUUGGAAAUUCCUGGAUAUUGCUUAGAGGAAAAAUGAAAGCAAGAGUUUGUGCACAGUGCCUUGCCCAUAAUAGGUACUCAAUAAACAAUUGUUCCUCAUAGAGUCUCUUGCCAUGGUUUAUAGUGUUUUAUGAAAUUUGUCUUAAUUGAAAAAAGACCAAAUAUUUCAAAUAAGCUUAUAGGCAGCUGUGGCCAGUUAAAAUAAUGGGAUUGUACAGUUAGUUCCUAGAAUGUUAUUUUGCACUAGUUGUCACUUAGAAGGAUGGGGUUCCUGUAGUUUUUUGGUGCUAAGGGAUACUUUGUCAUUAUGAUGAAGUAAGUGUUACGUGUCAGAUAAAUAGCACACUGAAUAGUUCUUUCUGCUGGUCUGUUUUUUCCUCUUUGUUGUUGUUGUUGUUGUUUUUAACUGUAAAAUGUUUAUCAAUCAAACUAUUGUAGCAGCUACAAAUAAUUCACCAGCAUGACAAAAUGGUCAAAAAAUAAGUCAUCAGCACUUCAAAAACAAAAGCAACUUUUGAAAUUUUCUUUUAAAAUUGUCAAAUAUAUUUUAUGAAGAAUUUAUAAAAGGGGGAAAUGAUUGUAAUUUAUUGUUCAUGACUUUUUUUUUUUUUUAAAUAAAGUGCGUUUCAACAAAAACAACCCUGGAAAUUCUACAUUGCUGCUUUGGUGGCUCUGUGAGUAGUUCUGUAAUGCUUUACUUCAUAGAUAUAAAAUACAGCAUAUAACAUUUGAA